UAAUAUAUUUUUUUUCUUUUUAACACAUUUGCAAUAUUAGGUUUAAAUCAAUUUAACACCCAAGAUGAUAAACAAGGAGAAUUGUUGUAAUGUUUGUAAAAUUAUAACACAUGAAAACUUUUGAUUCAUGGAAACAUUUUUAAACAAACAAAUCUAAACCAUUUUGACUCACACAACUAAUUUCUUUAGCUCGGAGUUUGUGCGACACAAAAAAACGUGCGACAGAAAAAUAACCGACAUGUGCGACAGAAUAGUAAAUAAGCCUGAAAAAAAGUGAUAUUGAAAUCACUCCAGAAUAAACACUCCACUCUUAGUAAAUCAGGGCCACUGUGUAUGUGGGGUAUAUAGAGAUAGCUGUCUGGCCCGGCCCAUAAUGGAGGGCAGUAAUACAGACACAUGUCUAGUAUCCCUAUAAUGGUGGACACCUCAGCAGCACAUUGUCCACGGUUCCCUGUAGCAGCUCAUACCUGUACAUGGAGAACUUGUGGGGCACUUUGUACAGGGGGAGACACUGACAUGGAAAGUCCUCGCACCCUCAGGGUCCCAUGCUACUGACCAAGUUACCCAAGUGUCAUAUCCAUGACUGCCAUGUCUAAUGAGAAGAUGUGGUAUUUCCCCUGGUCCUGUCAGGACCUCUUUGUGACACAGAUGAGAUGUAUGACAUAGACCGUAUAUGUGACCCUACAGAUUUCCUAUAUUACACAAUGAAAAAGGAAAUGACACUAAUCCUGCCCCGCGGUGGGAAUCCACCUCAGAUGGGGACAGCCCCCAGGACACAGUCCUCCUCUCAGCACAGAGCAGGACGCCUCAGGGACUGCAGCAGCAUGAAGUGACCUGACAGAAGACACCCCAAGACCAAACAAACAUCCACCAUGGACAACAAACCCCUCCUGAGUGACCCCGAAAAAUCCAACUACCAGUCUGUGGGGAAGGCCCUGAGAGAAGCGGAGAAGAAGUAUAUAAAAACACUAGACAACAGGAGGAUGCUCUUGGCCGCCUUUUCCGCAGUUCUUGGCAACUUCUCGUUCGGUUAUGGCCUGGUGUACCCAUCACCCGUGCUGCCAGUUUUAGAAGGAUAUACUGAUCCAGUUCUGCAUAUUACGGACGCAGAAAAGUCAUGGUUUGGGUCCGUCUUCGCUCUCGGCUGCUGCUUCGGCGGGAUUAGCUCGAUGUUCCUGAAUGACCGCCUUGGACGUAAACUCAGUAUCAUGUGCUCAGCUUUUCCGGCAGCCGUGGGUUUCCUACUUAUGGGCAGCGCACAACAUAUCUCCAUGCUACUUCUUGGCAGGAUCCUCACGGGUGUGGCCGGAGGGAUGACAUCAUCAUCUAUACCGGUUUAUAUAUCGGAGAUUUCCCAUGCUGGAUUGCGGGGGGCCCUGGGAGCGUGUCCUCAGCUGAUGGCUGUCUGUGGAGCUCUGGUUCUCUAUGCAUUAGGGCUCAUCCUGCCAUGGCGGUGGUUGGCAAUAGCCGGUGAGGUGCCGGUAUUGCUGAUGCUCUUCCUCCUCUGCUUCAUGCCUGACUCCCCGCGUUUCCUCAUAUCCCAGGGUAAAGAUGAGAAGGCACUACAGGCCCUGAUCUGGCUCCGGGGCCCCAACACUGCAUACAGAGGGGAGUUCCAGAGGAUUAAGGAAAGCGUCCUAAAGGCGAGCAGUUCUCUCUCCUGCACUGAACUCUCCGACCCAUACUACUACAAACCCAUCCUCAUCUCCGUGUUCAUGAGGUGCCUACAGCAAUUGUCCGGAAUCAACCCAAUCCUCACCUACCUGGAGCCCAUCUUUAACAGGACCAACGUCAUACUGAGAGGUGGAUAUGACGCUGCCCUGGUUGGCCUGGUCAGAUUGGUAUCUGUGCUGGUGGCAGCUCUGGUUAUGGAUAAGGCAGGCAGGAAAAUCCUCCUUUAUACAUCCAGUUCUCUGAUGUUGGUGUCCUCUCUCUCUAUGGGCCUAUACGUUCAUUUUACCGUGGACAUGAGCAAUUCCACCAAUUUGACCAUGGUUGACAGUGAUCCGCACCCGCCUGUAGAUCCUGUUAACUAUUUAGGAAUCAUCCCCCUUGUAUGUAUUAUGUUGUACAUUUUAGGUUAUGCUUUUGGCUGGGGACCAAUCACAUGGCUUCUCAUGUCUGAGAUCCUACCACUUAAAGCCCGAGGAACGGCUUCAGGACUGUGUGUGAUGGUCAGCUGGAUUACCGGCUUUGUUCUCACCGAAGCUUUCCUGCCUGUUGUGAAUGUCUUUAAACUGGAGACUCCAUUCUUCUUCUUCGCCAUCAUCAGUCUGUGCUGCAUCAUCUUCACUUAUCGCGUUGUCCCAGAAACCAAGGGACGGACUCUGGAACAGAUUGAAUCCUACUUUCGGACAGGUCGACGUUCCUUCAUUAAGUAGUGAUCCAGGUUAGGUAUUUCCUUACUGUGGAGACCACUAACCUGGAUCUAAAGCAGGAACUGACAUCUUCCAAGGCCCAAAGAUAACUUCUAGAUUCUGGAACUGAACCCAACGACUUCUUCCGGCAUCAGAAACCACUUAACGCUACAUUUUUUUGGAUAAACCUGAUGGUCCAGGUAGAUUUAUGUAAAUAGUAGAAUAAUAAGUAGAUUAAAGUUCAAAUUAUG